GUCCCUCAGAGUCUCAGACCCGAUCCGUCUCCGCACGCCGUCUCGCCUCCAGCAGCUCCGACAUGCCGGGAAGCCAGGCCCGGUCCAGGGCCAGAGACCGGAACAAUGUCCUGAACCGGCCCGAGUUCAUGUCCCUUAACCAGCCCCCCCGCAGGGAGCCGGGCCCGGGGGAGGGCCGGGGGGGCGGUGGUCUGAGGAGGGCCAGCAGACAGCCGAGUCAGCAGGAGGACGCCGGGGAGGGACGAGGGGGGAGGGGGUCCAGGGACUCCUCAGAGGGGGGCUCAGCAGCUGAUGGCGGAGCGAAGGACGCGCCCCGCUGGCCGGAGUCGGACUGCAUGCAGCUGAAUCCGUCUUUUCGAGGCAUUGCCAUGAACUCGCUGCUCGCCAUCGACAUCAGUCUGUCCAAACGUCUCGGCAUCUGCGUGGGGACGCACGGUGGCUCCGGGGCCCCACUGCGCUCCAUGGUGACGCUGCUGGCCCUCACUGGACACGCCCUCCCCUGGCUCUGCGGGACACUUGUCUGUCUCUGGAGGAGCAACACACUGGCAGGACAGGAAGUCCUCGUCAACCUGCUGCUGGCUCUGAUUCUGGACCUGAUGACGGUCGCUGGCGUGCAGAAGUUGGUCAAACGGCGAGGACCCUGGGACUUCCCUCCGGGGUUCCUGGACUACGUGGCGAUGGAUCUGUACUCGUUCCCGGCGGCUCACGCCAGCCGAGCCGUCAUGGUGUCCAAGUUCCUGCUGACACACCUGGUUCUGGCGGUGCCCCUCAGGAUCCUGCUGUACCUGUGGGCGGUGCUGGUGGGCGUGUCCCGGGUACUGCUGGGUAAACACCACCUGUCGGACGUCGGCUGUGGAUUCGCUCUCGGCUUCCUGCACUUCAGUCUGGUCGAGUCCGUGUGGCUCGACUCGGCCACCUGCCAGACCCUGAUCUCCAUCGGCACCCUGCGCUGGACCCCGCUGGUCUGAAACGGUCUGUACUGGUCUGAACUGGUCUGAAGUGGACCGCACAGGUCUGAACUGGACUGGAUCAGGGUCAGACUGCAGUCCGCCUGAUGCUCACACGUCUUUGAAGUGGUCCGGAGCGCUCUGGACCUGCUGCUGCGCUCUGAUGUCGCUCCUCGUUCGGACCAGUUUGGACUGGUUUAACCCUUUGAAACCCGGAGCGACGUCGCUCUUCUUUCAGACGCCACGACACGAAUUUAACCCUUUGAACUCUGAGCUCACUGACGAGGCAACGAGCAACGCAGUGAGACACGAUCCACCAACUGCAGGAAAUGAGUUCAUUUAGGAAAUGAUUUUUAUAAAAGUUAAAGGAAAAAGAAAAAAGACGGAGAAAUUAUAUUUCUGACGAUCAUAAUUCUGCUUCAAAUUAUUUUAAGAAUUGGAGUUUUUCAACACUUCUUCCAGGUUACUUAAAAAAAAUGAUUAUUUUUUGUGUGAAAGCGGGAGAGCGGGGAAGACGUGCAGCACACAGGUGAGCUACCAGGCUCCUCCCUUUUUUCAGUCAUUUUCAGGUAAUUUUCUCGUACUUUUUACUAGUUUAUGAUUAAUUUUGGGGUCAUUUCUUCC